UUUUUACAGGUAAAUAAGGCUGGAGGGGUGAGAGCCGGAGGAAUCUUUCUGAAGUGACGAACCACCUAUCAGGUAUUUCCAUCUUAAUAUUUGACUGGAAAGCGAUAUUCGGAUUGACUCUGUCUUUGAGGUCCGUCAUGAUCAGCUUAUCGGACAGCCAACUUGAUUUAAAACGAGCACUGGAUUUUAUGCGUACAACACGUACAUUUCCUCGUACAGAAAUUAUGACCUCGUAUCUUUAUUGAUAUUUAAUGACAGCUCGUUCAUAACGACGCGCGAUGAUAGUGUCUGUAUUUGUAGUCAGCCGGGAGGGCGUCUGCAAUUAGCUGUGGAAAUUAGCCGCUUUUCCUUCCAAGUCAAGAGGAUCGCUUGUAACACUCUUUGUUUAUACAGAAGAGGACGAAGAUAUAUCUUUUCUGCAUGUGACUUGCGUUCAGUGUUUUUGUACCUGUUUUUUAAUGAAGGCUAUAUCAAUAAGAAGAUUACGCUAUAUAAACAGCAGUGGCACAGAGAGAUUUGGUUGUGGCCGAGAUUUUCAACUUUGGAACGUGACGCCGUGUGGACCGUCAGUCACGAGGUCUAAUGGCACCGCAGUAAAGCUGUCCGCUGGCUUAUUGUAAAAGAAAGAGACCGCGGGAAACUUGAAGCGCUACAAAAUGCGGUCCUCUGAUCCGAGACCGUCAGACGCAGAGACGACGAUGUGCUCGUGCGUUGGUCCGGUCAAUAUGAAAUUCCUUGGAAGCCAAGAUCAGGAUAAAUCUGCCCAACAGAGCAAGCGGAUUGACCGAAUGCUAAAGAGAGAACAUAGGCACGAUCUGCGGAGACACAAACUUUUACUUCUAGGAACCGGUGAAGCGGGCAAAAGCACAAUCACAAAGCAAAUGAAGAUUAUUCACAUCAACGGUUUUGACAGAGGGGAGAGGAUUGAAAAGGUCAUUGAUAUUAAACGUAACAUAAGAGAUUCUAUAGCGACAAUAUGCGGUGCGAUGCAGAUUAUAGGUAUUCCGCUAGAGCGCAGUGAUAACCAGCCUUGCUACGACUACAUCCUCAGCAAGGACACGCAUCGCCCUGAUUUUGAUUUCCCACAGGAAUUUUUUCUACACACGUCAAAAUUAUGGCAAGAUGGCGGCGUCCAGACGUGUUUCAGAAGAUCCAAUGAAUACCAGCUGCUGGACAGCACGCAGUAUUUCAUGGACAGACUGGGUGAAAUCAGAAAGCGCACCUAUGUUCCCAGUGAUCAGGACAUUUUACGUUGCCGCGUGAUGACAAAUUCUAUCAAUGAGAUCGAUUUUGAUGUUCUGGAGCACGGGGCCACAAUACCGUUUAGUGUUUUCGACGUAGGAGGACAGAAAGGGGAGAGAAGAAAGUGGAUCCAAGUAUUCUCAGACAGCGUGACUGCCAUUUUGUAUGUUGUGGACGUCUCAAGCUUCGACGUGAAACUUCGAGAAGAUGAAACGAAAAACAGGCUAGUGGACGCGCUUGAAAAUUUUGACCAAGUUUGGAAUAAUCCGUGGUUAAAGAACACGUCAGUGCUUGUCUUCUUCAACAAAAUUGACCAGCUUAAAGAAAAAAUAGACCAGCAGAAAUCGCUGAACACGUUAGUAGAAGAAUUGAAGAACGAGGAGGAAGAAAUGAGAAGACAAGGUUUAGACUCUGCAUUUCAGCAGAAAGAUUACAUUCGUAGGUUGCAAGAUUUUUCUACAUAUGAAUUAAAAGAGCGAGACGCAAAAGAAUUUGUUGAAGCAUUCCCAAAACUAAAUACUAUGGACGCUGACCAAACUUGCCCAUGCGCAACGGGGAUUGCAAGCAGACGAUCGUCGUCCAACAAUUCAAAAUCUAAUCGGAAUCUGUUGCCCUGUAUUUCUCCGGACUAUAAUGACAAUAUGCGAGAUUCUUCAGUUUACGUCAGUAGAAAGAGGACGAUAAGCGACCCUGGUAAACACCGGCAGAGUUACAAGGAUAUCGCUGCAGAAAUUGGAGAAGAAGUUAUCAGGACUGCAACCUUCAUCAAAACUGUAUUUAUGGAAAUCGCAAGCCGGUCUCGGAAGCCAUCUGGCGGCGCUAACUGGCAUGAAAACCACUCGUGUGACUAUUUCUACACAUGCGCAGUGAACACAGACAAUAUUCAGAAAGUUCUGGAAGGCUGUCGAGGCAUCAUCAUAAAAGAACAUCUACGAAGAUUUAACAUUGGAAUUUAAUCUGUGGUCGAUCUGGGCUUGUGUGACGCCCUCACGUUUAUACCAAUAUUGUGAUGGAACUGCAGUCGUUACAAUUGCGAAUUUUCGCGGGGAUAUUCAUACAUGUAUUAUAACUGAUUCAGACGACAUGCGCUCUGUGUAUGUUAGUGACAAACUGAAUUUCUUUGAGCUAUUUGUGAUACCAUUUAUUGCAGCCUUGUUUUUGAAGUUGUCGCCUGAUGUCAUCGUAGCAUACAUGUACUAGUAUAAGCGUGUAAAAAUUUUGAUAAGAAAUAUGGUAACUAAUUUUUUAAAGUUUUAACGGCAGCUGUCAAAUAAAAUGCAAAGGCAACGAGAAACUGUAUUUCCGUCAUUCAUGGAUGGAUCUUUGUUAUACAACUGUUUAACUUUGCCAGAGGGAAACCCUUUUCCAAAGUAAUGAACACAAACUUGUACAUGUUGCAUAUAUAGUCAUGUAUAAAAAGCGGAAACUGU